AUGCGGGGGCUGGUGGCGGUGCUGGCGGCCCUGAGCUGCGCGGCCCCGGCGGGGAGAGCGGCGGCUCCUGCCGGCGCCCUCAGCUCCAACGCCAUCAAGGGACCCCCCCCGGGGGGGGCGGCCGAGGCCAGCGCCGCCCCCGCCGCCCCCUUCGACGGCAGCAACAAACCCCCACCGGCCGCCACCCGGCAGCCUUUCCCCUGCGCCGAGGACGAGGACUGCGGCCCCGAGGAGUAUUGCGGGGGUGCGGCCCGUGGCGGGGGGGCCCCGCUCUGCCUCGCCUGCCGGAGACGCCGCAAGCGCUGCCUGCGCGACGCCAUGUGCUGCCCCGGCACGACCUGCAGCAACGGGCUCUGCACGCCCCCGGAGCCUCCCCACGGAGCCGCCGAGCUGGACGAGAUGGGUACUGAGGUGCUGCCCCGCCGGACGACGGCUCCUGCCUGGCUCCCCACUGCCAAAGGUGAGGAAGGAGACUUCUGCCUGCGCUCCUCGGACUGCGCGGCCGGGCUGUGCUGCGCCCGCCACUUCUGGUCCAAGAUCUGCAAACCGGUGCUGCGGGAAGGGCAAGUGUGUACCCGGCACCGGAGGAAAGGCUCGCACGGGCUGGAGCUGUUCCAGCGCUGCCAGUGCGCCGAGGGGCUGGCCUGCCGCCUGCAGCGGGAGCACGGCCCCGCUGACCCCUCCCGCCUCCACACCUGCCAGCGGCACUGAGCCACGCCGGACAGACACCCCAGGGACACAUGGACACGGGACGGACUCCGGCCCCGCCGGAGCAGAAGGUUGUUUCUUAAGGGAACUACUUUUAAGCGACUACUUGCAGUACGUUACUGUGUUGUGAAUACUCGAGCUGGCACUUAAGCUGUAUAUAACGCCGGGACCUCUAGUGACUUUUUU